CCUUCAGCUCCCGGUUAGUGGUUCUCUGCCGCCAAGACUCUUCCCCCUUCACGGCUCCCUGCAGAGCACCGGGCAGGUUUCAGCGAGUAACGGCCCGCCGGUUCUGUAGAUUCGGUAGAACCGGGCCGCCGGAAACUCGUGGUCUGAAUGGAAGCGGGGGGUUUUGUGUCCCGGCAAACGUCCCUGGAUGCAUCGGGCGUCGACAGGCGGGUCGCAGCCUCCGCCGCCGGGACGGAUUUUCGGAUUCUGGGUGGCAGGUUGAUGACCGCCUCAGAGGGGCUUCUCGGGUCCUUUUCACCGAGCACUACCGGGGAGCAGGACUUUGUAUCGGUGCUGCACCGGAGCCCCGCGGAGACUCCGACCUCCGCGGAGGCGGACAUGGACUACGAAGGGCUGCCGCAGGGAGCGUCCACCAGCACGCACAUGCUAGCGGGCUCCGUGGCUGGAAUCAUGGAGCACUGCCUCAUGUACCCCAUCGACUGCGUCAAGACGCGCAUGCAGAGCCUCCAGCCCGAGCCCGGAGCGCGGUACCGCAGCGUGGUGGACGCCCUACGGCAGAUCAUCCGCACCGAGGGAGUCUGGAGGCCCAUCAGGGGGGUGAACGUGUUGGCGGUGGGGGCGGGGCCAGCGCACGCCUUGUACUUCGCCUGCUACGAGAAGAUCAAGUUCUCUCUGAGCGACGCCGUUCAUCCUGGAGCCAACAGCCACUUUGCAAACGGAGUGGCCGGCUGCAUGGCCACGGUGCUGCACGACGCCAUCAUGAACCCGGCAGAAGUUGUGAAGCAGCGGCUGCAGAUGUUCAACUCUCCGUACCGCGGCGUGCUGGACUGCGUGGGCGCCCUGCUGCGGCGCGAGGGCCCCGCCUCCUUCUACCGCAGCUACACCACCCAGCUGACCAUGAACGUGCCCUUCCAGGCGCUCCACUUCAUGACCUACGAGUACCUGCAGGAGCUCCUCAACCCCCACAGACAGUACAACCCCUCCUCUCACGUGGUGUCGGGCGCGCUCGCCGGCGCCGUGGCCGCCGCCGCCACCACCCCCCUGGACGUCUGCAAGACCCUCCUCAACACGCAGGAGGCUCAGGCCAUCCACGUGAUCCAGGCGGAGGCGGCGGGCGGCGCCGUGGGGGCCGCCGUGCCCAGCGGCCGCCACAUCUCCGGCCUGGGCGAGGCCUUCCGGACCGUCUACAGGAUGGGGGGCGUUCCGGCGUUCUUCAGGGGCGUCCAGGCCAGGAUCAUCUACCAGAUGCCCUCCACCGCCAUCAGCUGGUCCGUCUACGAGUUCUUCAAGUACGUCCUCACCAAGAGGCGGCACCAGAGGAGGCUGCGAGGAGACGGAGACAGAUAGACGCCGGGCCGGCGGCGUUCCCCCACCAGGAGGAGGUUCCAGUCCAGAACGCCUUUUUCCUCCCGUGACGGACUCUGGAAUCCAUCUUUGAUGAGAUCUGAGGCCAGAACAAACUGAAGCCUCCGAGGAAAACCUUUCAAUUUGCUGCUUGUCGCUGAAAUCCUUACAGAGCUGAGAUACAAGGAAAGAUAGAGUAGGAGGGGGGAGGAAAGCCCCCACCCUCACCCAGACGCUGCUGAUCACCCGUCCGAUCUGACCCCCCCCCCCCGAAACUCCACGAAGGCCUCUAGAGUCCGACACCUAACAGACUUUCGAGGAAUGAAAAUGUCAAGGAUGUAAAGUCAGAGGGAAGCUUGUGCUGAGCUGCACAUGAUGCCGUCUGACCACCAGGGGGCGACAUUCCCGCCCGUCAGGCCUUUUCUGGUUUUGAGUUGAGGAACAUAUCAGGUUCAUUUUUUUCUGUCAGUAUUUAAGAGAGACGAGUCAAAAUGAGAGUUGAGGGUUCACAGGAAACACAGACUCCAACGCCACGCAUCAGAAGACGGGCAGGUGGGGCAUCAGAAGACGGCAGGUGGGGCAUCAGAAGACGGGGGUCCGCCUCCAGUCUGAGUCGCCAAGUUUGAGUGAAAGAGGAGAGUUUAUGCAGAUCUUUGCACCUUUAGGGCAGCAACAGUAAAACCUGGAUUCUUGUCCAAUCAAAGUGUGUGUGAGUGAAACCAAAGACGGACAGCGAUGUAACGGCGUGCACAGGUGGAGGAGGCCUUCCGCAGGUGACGCCUGCGUUUGGUGAAGUGUAAAUAAAGCGGCGGCUCCUCGCAGAAGCAGGGUCUUCUCUUGGGGCUGGCUCUCCAAGCGCCGAUGAAAA